AUGCUGUUGCUAUUGAUGGCUAUACUUUUUGAGCUGGUAUAUGGUACUUACACUAAUCAAGACAGAUUAUCAUCUGAUGCAAUGCUAGUUGAGAUUGUAGCACAUUCCAAGGAUUUCUAUUUUUCGAUAUUUGGCAAUGGAUUCAGAAUAUCUACUCAAGAUACAAUUAAAAAAAAUGGCGGAUGCUCAAAGUUUGUGGUUUAUAGAGGCAAUACGGCAAUUAUACAGGGCAAAAAGCGUCUAUGCAAAAGCAAAACAACAGCUGGUGUUGAUGUAUGCGGUACUAUGAAUGCAAAUACUUGGAGGGUGCUGAGGUAUAAAGGCAAAGAGUAUGUCAAGUUCAAAUACCCGAAUGAAAACAAAUGCAUCACAGCAACCAAGAUGUCCGAUGUCAACGGUAGAAAGGCCAAUAUUCAGGAGUGUAUUGAUGAUUCUGGAAUUGGAGAUAUAAGCCAAAGGUUCGUGAUUAACCGCUUGUACUAG